GGCGGCUGCCGGGCGGGAAAGAGCGGGCAGGCAGCCGGCGCAGCCCAGCCCCGGGUGGGCCGGGGUCGGCGGGUGGCCGCAGCCGCCUCCCCAUGAAGGCUUUGGUGUCUCCUGGCAGCGCCCCGAGGUGCCGGGGGCGAGAGGCGGCCGCGGGGGCGGUGCGGGCCGGGCCGGGCCGCGGCUCGGGCCGGGCGGGAGGAGGAGGAGGAGGAGGAGGAGGAAGAAGAGGAGGAGGAGGAGGAGGAGGAGGAGGAGGUAGCGGUGUCACUGAUGCGCUGCGCCUUGUGCUUCCCCGCCAGGUGUUCUCCCUCUGGCUUCCUAUGUCCUGUUACCAGGAGGAUUUCUUCAAAGAGUACCUCAAGAUGAUGGUCAAUAUCGUCGUCCUGAACUUGCUCAUUUGUAUUUCUCUGGUGUUCUGGAUCGUGUCCAUGACUGCCAGUACGUACUACGGUACUUUACGACCCAUUUCUCCAUGGCGCUGGCUUUUUUCAGUCUUGGUUCCACUAAUGAUUGCUACACAGGGUUUUAAGAAGAAGAGUCUUGAUCACAGUGGUGCAUUGGGAGGAUUGGUGGUUGGAUUUAUACUUACAGUUGCAAAUUACAGUUUCUUCACUUCUUUAUUUGUAUUUUUUGUUACUUCUUCAAAACUUACUAAAUGGAAAAAAGAUGCAAAGAAGCAAAUAGAUUCAGAAUACAAAGAAGGUGGACAGAGGAAUUGGGUGCAAGUAUUCUGUAACGGUGGUGUUCCUACUGAGCUGGCUGUCUUAUAUAUGAUAGAAAAUGGACCGGGUGAAAUUCCUAUUGACUUUUCAAAGCAAUACACAGCAUCAUGGAUGUGUUUAUCCCUUUUGGGAGCUUUGGCAUGCUCUGCUGGUGAUACAUGGGCUUCAGAGAUCGGUAGCGUUAUGAGUAAAAGCAAGCCAAGGUUGAUAACAACCUGGGAAAAGGUUCCAGUAGGUACUAACGGAGCAAUUACUUUAGUGGGCCUGCUCUCAAGUUUGCUUGGGGGCAUGGCAGUAGGUAUAGCCUACUUCAUAACACAGCUCAUUUUCGUGACUGAUCUGGAAAUAUCUGCUCCGCAAUGGCCCAUUAUUGUGUUUGGUGCAGCAGCUGGCUUACUGGGAUCAAUUGUUGAUUCAUAUUUGGGAGCUACGAUGCAAUACAGCGGUUUUGACCAGAAUAUCGGCAUGGUUGUCAACCACCAAACGAAAGACUCCAAGCACAUAUCUGGAAAACCUAUAUUAGACAACAACACAGUAAAUCUUUUUUCUUCUGUAAUCAUUGCUUUGGUGCUUCCAAGUGUGGCGUGGUGUUUCUGGCCCAGGGGUUGAAAUGGUUUAAGGUUUUAUGCAUGUGAUUUAUUUAUGUUCAGUCUUACUCAAAGACUCUAAAGAGUUCUCUUCGAACUCUCUUGAAGAGAGUGAUCUGAAACUUUCAGAGAGCCAAAGGACUUUCCAUCUCAACUUACUAAGGCUGUGAGCUUCAUAUGGCAAUUGGCAUCUCCCGGGGCAAGGAAGGGAUUUUGUCAAUAUGCUCUUGCAGCUCUUCAGUUGGAUGUAGAUCCUUGCCAAGUGAGGUGAAAUGCUUCAUUUAUCCUCAUGGAGCUGAAGGGUUGGCAUCUAUGUUCUCUCUCGUCCCCAGCAUCUGGAAGGGCAAGAAGCGGGAAAUAGAUAGACUUCUACAUCAGUCAGUGUGAUGGAGCGUUGUGGCUAUUGUCCAAGCCAGACACAAAGUACGCUGCAACUUUAUGUAGGCAGUGGUAACACGGGUGAAAUGGGUGAAUUCUGGUACUUCCCAUAAUCUACAGUAUGUAAGGUUUUAUGGAAAUAUUUUUUUGCAGUGUGUGGGGGGAGAGAGGAGUAAGCCUCGUUGCCUAUUCUGUAUCCUGAUACUAUCUCCACUUCACUAAGAAUAGGGUUGUUGAAAGUGAUGCCACUAUGUAAUGUUUGAAGCAAAAGGCUAAAUUUAAAAUAAAAACUCAAUAGUUUUUCCAGUAAGAAUAACAAAUUUGUCUGUGCUUUUUUGACAUCUUUAUUUCAAAACUAAUGAUAUUUAUGAAGACUGUCAAUACUGUAGUACUUACUAAAUUAUCUAAAAUUAAAGAUUACAAUUGUGAAUUCACAUUCAUCUCUUUAGAAAUAGAACAUUUUUUCCAUAAGCAUAGAAUUGUUCCAUAAUGUUUAGCAUUCUGACCAAACCAUACUCUUUGGUUCUUUCUCAGCAGUGGAAGUGUUUUCCCAUUUUGUUUCGGGUUGCUAUUCACAGAUGAUGGCCUCAGCCAAAGAAGCUACAGAGGUUAUCCUCGUAGUGAAUGGGGAAAGUCUCACCUAUAAACCGUUUCAAAAGAGGAAUUUAACUUUUGGUGCUCAGGCUCCUAUGUUAGGUGAUUCCAUCUUCCAUCAUUAAUUUAUAAAGGAGGUGGAAGUAAUUUAGCCAGCACAUUUACACUUUAGAGAUACCCUCAUAAUAACUUAUCACUGUCGACAUUCAGAAGUUAGGGUCCAUACUGUUAACUUAUAAAAACCUUUUUCUUCUUAUCUUUAGAGAUAGGUGAGUAUUUUGUAUUAAACAUCUGAUUUUUUUACAAAUAUCUUGUGUAUAUUGCCUGUCUUAAUUCACUUGAAUUGUGUAUUAUGUCACCUUUUAUGGGAAUAGUCAGAAAUUUUAACACCUUCCACAUUGAGUUUACUCUUUUAAAAUCUAGUCUAUAUAAAUGUGGAAUUAAUCACUGGAACUAGUUCACUGUAUUAUCCAAUUAUAAAGAUGAGAUUUCAAACUCGUAAAAGCUUUCUGAAAAGAACCAGUUGUGUAGCUGCUGUAUGUCUGUUCCUGUGGAAAGGCACAAAAUUAUAAAAGAAAUAUAUGCACUUAAACUGUAACAAUAAACACUUGAGAUUUUUAUGCAUUGUUUGGAUUUAUGCUGCUUCUAAAUAAACACUGUAUUAGUUGUCUUUUAA